GGAGAAGUCCUCAAGCCGGAAGGGCCAUACAAUAACAGACAACUCACGGUGCUUCUACCCCCAAUCCUCUUUUGUUGUCUUUUCCGGUUGAGCUGCCCCUCGUGAUUACUACUAUACUAGCUCUCGGUUUGUGUCGGUCUCAAGCUUUGAAGUUUGCUUGUACUCUCCCAAUUUCCACCAGCCAUGUUGCUCGAAUACAGCGUCGAGAAGCCUCUCAACCGUGAGCCUCCGUUGAAAGAUCUCGUUCAAAGCUUCAUCACCAAGACUGCUACCGCCUAUGACAGAAAUCAUGGCCCGCUCCCUCAUAUCAAUGGCGACACUCAUAUGGUUCGCAUUGACGGCCUCGUGAAAGAUACCGUCAACAUUUCCAUGUCUCAGCUCCGCAACGAUUUCCCUCAACAUGAAGUUAUUUCUGCUCUACAGUGUGCGGGAAAUCGCAGGCAUACCAUGCGUACAGAAUUAAAAGAGGUGGACGGUAUAGAUUGGAAUGACGGAGCAGUUUGCAAUUGCACCUGGAGUGGCCCGCUCCUAUGCGACGUCCUUUCCCGGAUAGGAGUUACUAUAGAAGGUGAUGCACAUGUAGCUUUCUCCUGCCACAUGACGGACUGCCAAGAUGACAGAUACUACGGGAGUUCGAUAAGCCUAGCUCGGUGCAUGGACCCGGAGAUGAAAGUCAUUCUGGCCCUGGAUAUGAACGGAGCUCCUCUCACAAUCAACCAUGGCUUUCCACUCCGCAUAGUGAUCCCGGGAAUUGCUGGUGCGCGUUGGACUAAAUGGCUCGAUCGCAUUACCAUUCAAGACGAAGAAAGCAGCAACUUUUACAUGCAGAGAGACUACAAAAUUCUACCCCCCGAGAUUGACACUCGCAAGAAGGCAAAUGACUAUUGGCAUAAGGCCAAACCGCUACAAAUGAUGCCCGUUAACUCGGCUAUCUGCUACCCAGCCACCGGUGACACCAUCUUCCUAGAUAAACUCACUGAUGGUGAGCUAGAGAUUGCAGGAUACGCGCUUCCUAAGGGUGACGAAGGUCCGGUCGUCAAGGUGGAAAUUUCGAUAGACCAAGGCAAAACCUGGGAUGAAUCCAGGCUCCUCUACCCCAGCCCAGAAGAGCUAUGCAAACCUGGUGCUGCCAAAAAGUAUAGAUGGGCCUGGGCAAUCUGGCAGCACAAACUCCCCGCAGAAAAGACCAAAAAGAUGGACAAGUCCACCAAAAUAUGGAGCAGAGCCACUGACAAGGCUGGUAACGUCCAGAAAGUCGAGGACAUAAAGUGGAACUUUAGAGGAGUCGGGUACAAUGGCUUCGGCGAGAUCAAAAACCUCACCAUCAUCAACACACAUGAGCUGAGCAGGAAGGCCGGAAACAUGAAGCUUGGAAAUGGAUACAAGGCAUAG